GGCGAGAAUUGGGCCAGGAGGUUGGUGCGAGUUUCGUGGAGGCGGACAUGGCUUGUGGCUUCCGCAGGUCCAUCGCCUGUCAGCUUUCCAGAGUGUUGGAUCUUCCACCAGAAAACUUGAUCAAGUCAAUAUCUGCAGUUCCAAUUUCCAGAAAAGAAGAAGUAGCUGAUUUUCAGCUCUCUGUGGAUUCUCUAUUGGAAAACAACAAUGACCAUUCAAGACCAGAUAUUCAAGUUCAAGCCACAAGACUGGCAGAAAAGCUAAAAUGUGAUACAGUGGUGAGCGAAAUCAGCACUGGUCAAGGGACUGUAAAUUUCAAAAUUAACAGAGAACUGUUAACAAAGACAGUACUACAACAAGUAAUCAAUGAUGGCUCAAAAUAUGGAUUCAAAAGCGAGCUUUUCUCUGGUCUUCCCCAGAAGAAGAUCGUGGUUGAAUUCAGUUCACCCAACGUUGCCAAAAAAUUUCAUGUUGGACAUUUGCGUUCUACCAUCAUAGGAAAUUUUAUAGCAAAUCUCGAAGAAGCAUUAGGACAUCAAGUAACCAGAAUAAAUUACCUUGGAGAUUGGGGCAUGCAGUUUGGUCUUCUGGGAACUGGCUUCCAGCUGUUUGGCUAUGAAGAAAAACUUCAGUCCAAUCCUUUACAGCAUCUCUUUGAAGUUUAUGUACAAGUUAAUAAAGAGGCAGCAGAUGAUAAAAAUAUAGCAAAAUCUGCACAUGAGUUCUUCCAGCGAUUAGAACUGGGUGACACGCAAGCACUUGCACUGUGGCAGAAAUUUCGGGACCUCAGCGUAGAAGAAUAUAUGCGGAUUUACAAGCGUCUAGGAGUACACUUUGAUGAAUACUCUGGAGAAUCGUUUUAUCGUGAAAAAUCUCAAGAAGUUUUGAAGUUGCUGGACAGUAAAGGACUCCUACAGAAAACAGUACGAGGAACAGCUAUAGUGGAUCUUUCUGGGAAUGGUGACCCUUCCUCAAUCUGUACCGUAAUGCGGAGCGAUGGGACUUCUCUCUACGCAACCAGAGAUCUUGCUGCUGCUAUAGAUCGAAUGGACAAGUACAAUUUUGAUGCAAUGAUUUAUGUGACAGAUAAAGGGCAAAAAAAGCAUUUUCAGCAAGUGUUCCAGAUGCUGCAGAUCAUGGGAUAUGACUGGGCAGAAAGGUGCCAGCACGUGCCCUUUGGAGUGGUGCAGGGAAUGAAGACUCGAAGAGGAAAUGUUACUUUUCUGGAAGAUGUUCUAAAUGAGAUUCGAUCGAGGAUGCUACAGAACAUGGCUUCUAUUAAGACCACCAGAGAACUGGAGAACCCACAGGAGACUGCAGAGAGGGUUGGACUUGCCGCACUCAUUAUUCAGGACUUCAGAGGUUUACUCUUAUCUGACUAUCAGUUCAGCUGGGAUCGUGUUUUCCAGAGUCGUGGGGACACAGGCGUCUUCUUGCAGUACACGCAUGCCCGCCUCCACAGUUUGGAAGAGACUUUUGGAUGUGGUUAUCUAAAUGAUUUCAACACUGCUUGUUUACAAGAGCCACAGUCUGUUUCCAUUCUCCAGCAUCUUCUCAGGUUUGACGAGGUGCUUUAUAGAUCAUCUCAGGACCUUCAACCCAGGCACAUUGUCAGUUAUCUUCUAACUCUAAGUCAUCUUGCAGCUAUGGCACACAAGACACUGCUUAUAAAAGACAGUCCUCCCGAAGUGGCUGGGGCCAGACUUCAUCUUUUCAGAGCUGUGCGUUCUGUCCUAGCCAAUGGAAUGAAACUUCUUGGAAUAAUACCUGUAUGUAGGAUGUAA